UACUUUUUAGUUUGCCGGUGGGUUUUGUACCGAGCCGGUGAGCUAGGCAAACAAAUAAGACAUAUUUGGACCUAACAUCAUUCAUUACUUUUGUAUAUCGAAAAGAUAACUGAAGACAGAUGAACAGUUGCACACGACAGCUAACUACGUUAGGUCGAGGAGGAUGAUGAUGAUAUCCAAGGGACAGAAGCGCAAAGUCGAUGAUGUUGUGGGGGGCAUGCGUAGCGGCACUUGGGAGAGCCAGCGGCAGUCAGUGCUUGGCAUCACCCUUGUCAAGUACCACCGCGGGCAGGAGCUGAUGGAGCCUAGUUUGCGCCGCUCCGUGUUGAUAGCCAACACCCUGCGGCAUAUACACCUAGAAAACAAGCCUACAUAUGGGUUAGUUAACCUGGCAGGACCAGUGCCACCCAUGGUCCCAUCUAAACCCUGCAUCCACAGGGAGUCUGGUCUGGGUGUUGUAAACAGUGCCUCAGGUGUCGAGGACAAGGAGGAUGUCUGGAUGUCCUCAGAGAGUGACUUCUCCCUGUCAGGUGCUGUCUCCUCCAUUCUGAAAGAACUAGACUUGACCGUUGAUGGAGGGCUAGGUCCUCAGGCACCUCAGAGGACACCUUUCAGGUCCAUUGAGAACCUAUCUGGAGACCUGGGGCUCAAACGGAGCUCUGAGGGGUGUAGAACCUCAGAGGGGGUGGCUUUUGGUAGCGUGGAGGAGGUCAUGUGUUCCAGCUACCUGCAGGAUGUGAAACUAGAUGAACUUUUCCAUGACAUCGACACAUCGGUGUUUGACAAGGAGAUGGGGGUCCGAGCACUCUCUGCUGCAGCCAGUGACGAGCUGCUUAAGUACUUACCCUCUCUGUCCUCCGUUCCGUCCACUUCACCCUCUCUCUUCUCUCUCAACCAGAGCUUCAGGGACCUGAAUGAGCUGGAGCACAUCAUGGAAAUACUGGUAGAGUCUUGAUCACCAGAACUUUGAGGAAAUUAGGACAUUAUAAAGAGAACAAGACAUUAGGGGCCUCCCGGGUGGCGCAGUGGUCUAAGGCACUACAUCGCAGUGCUAGCUGUGCUACCAGAGACUCAGGGUUCGAGCACAGGCUCUGUCGCAGCCGGCCGCGACCGGGAGGCCCAUG